AUGGCCAAAGCUAAGACAGAAAUGCAAGUUUUUGCGUGUCUUCCUUACUUGUGGGCAAAAAAUGCUCUGCCUUUCUUGGAGAGAUCUUUGCUUUUUUGGGAAAGAGAAGAAAAGGAUAAUGAAAGUGUACAGAGCCCGGAUGAAGACGAGAGCCUUGCCGAACCUCCUUCCGCCACCGAAGCCUGGACUGCGUGGGGCCCCUGGCUGAGUUGUUCUCGCACAUGUGACGGAGGUAUCGCCAUCAGUCUGCGUGAAUGUAGGGGAAAGUGUCCAACGGGACAACAUAUCAGAAGACAAAUAUGCAACAUGCAACCCUGUCCAGAAGCCAGUGAUUUUCGAGCUGCGCAGUGCUCUGCGCACGACGAUCGUCCUUACCGUGGCCGGAAGUACUCUUGGGUGCCAUUCCACGACCCGGAAGACCCCUGCGCCCUCACCUGCAGAGCCCGCGGAUACAAUUUCGUGGCUAAGCACUCCAAGAAGGUGCAGGAUGGAACGCGCUGCCGGGAGGGAGCGCUGGACAUGUGUGUCGAUGGACAAUGCCAGCCAAUCGGGUGUGAUCUUAGAGUAGGCUCCAACUUAAAAGUCGACGAAUGUGGAAUAUGCGGAGGAGACGGAUCCACCUGCCAAAAACCCACCUUUAUUUGGCAAGAAGGAGAUUACGGCGAAUGCUCGGUCACCUGCGGUGGAGGUAUCCAGCUCUCCGAAUCGUUUUGCCGAAACAAGGAAACCAACGAAGCAGUGGACCCGAGGUUGUGCAACUUGUCCAUCCGGCCCAGAACCAAAGCGAAGCAUUGCAACAGGUUUCCUUGUCCUGUGGUAUGGGCAACGGGCCAGUGGGGUCCUUGUUCUGCGACCUGCGGGCCGGGUCUCCAGUCCCGGCCCGUGUUCUGCGUGCAGGGAGGGCCCAACGGGACCCAGAUCGACGUCAAAUCCGAGUUCUGCCCCAGACACAAGCCCAUGACAGAGAGGAGCUGCUCCAUCGAAGAAUGUCCUAGAUGGUUUCAAGGACCAUGGACACCGUGUUCGGCGACGUGUGGCACGGGCGUGCAGAAUCGUGCCGUGGUGUGCCGCGACACCCGCAGCCAAUACAGCGACCUUUGCGACCCGGGUGAGAUGCCGCGGCGACAGCGGAACUGCGACUCCCGGCGGCCCUGCCCCACGGUGGCGACGGAAGAAUCCACCGCCUCACCACCCCCCUGUGUCUACACUCCCAGCACUGAAGGUGAGAUCGAGACCACAACAACUGAAGAGCCCACCACUCCCACUUUGCCAACAAUUAUUCUCACGCAAGCACCUUUUAAUUUAUCUACAGAAGUCCGUACAUUUUACUUCGUUGGGCCUUGGGGCCGUUGCAACGGCCAAGGUUACCGCAGAAGAAUCGUCCAUUGUCAGGUCUAUAUAAACAACAACCGAACACCAGCUUGGCUGCCUGAUUACGAGUGCCCAGAAAUUCGCCCAUCUGACUUGGAACCGUGCACCGUCCCAUGCCCACCUCCACAUCCUCCUCGCCAGUUGGAAUCUGUCCGAGAGGUGGAGCCACCGUUCGUCGAGAAAGUCGUUGAAGUCGAGGAAGAAAAGACAUUCUAUUCAUGGAACACAGAAAAGUUUACUCCUUGUAGUACAACCUGUGGAGGAGGUGUCCACUCAUCGAUGGUGCGGUGCCUUCGACUCCCAGACGAAGUGGAAGUAUCAGCCCAGUUAUGCGAUCUCAGCCUCAAACCAGAACCUCUCACCAGAAAGUGCAACUUACAGCCCUGCCCUCAAAUCUACCGGUGGAACGCAACGGAGUUCGGAAAUUGCAGCCAUGAAUGCGGGGGUGGAACCCGAAAACGACUCGUGAAGUGCAUUCUGCUGACCAACGGACAAGAAGUCACUUCUGUUCACUGCUCUGGACAGCCACCGAUGGCAGUAGAGCAGUGUAACGUCUUCGACUGCCCACCCGCUUGGAGAGCUGAGCAGUGGAGUAAGUGCUCCAAAUCAUGCGGCGGUGGGUUUCAGACGAGAAAACUCCAUUGUGAAAAGAUUCUCGCGCCAUUAAGCCAAGCCAUCCAACUACCACCCUCCAAGUGCCUUAAGACACGACCCAAGGCUGUCAAGAAAUGCAACUUGAAGCCAUGUCCACCUCCUCCCAGGACGACGACGACCACGACUACCACCACAACUACCACCACGACUACAAUGCCACCACCACCUGCUACUGAUGCCCUCGAAGAUUAUGAAAUUGUCACUAGUUAUCCAGAGGAGCAAGUUUUUGUUCAAAAGCAUCCUAAUAGACGUGUGACUUUGAAGGCCAGCGGACAAGCCAUUCUGUUCAAAGGUUCCAACGCCAAGUUUCACUGCCCAAUGCCGCAACCGCUGACGCCGUCUUUGAAUAUGACCAACCUCAGCAACACACGAGUCCUGUGGUUCAAGGGUCACCGCCGCAUUCCUCCACAAAGUGCAAACGGGUGGCCCCGCGUGGCCGUCUCGGGAAAGGGGGCCCUCCGCAUUCACAAAACGACCUUUGCGGAUUCCGGCAACUAUACUUGCCUCGCCGGUGCUUUUCGGAGUGACGUCUCCGUGAAGGUGAGACCCCUGCCGGCAAGGAUUCACCAGGAACAGGAACCAGGACGAAAUUUAUCUGGUUUAAAAAACAAGACUAAUCUAUCAUUUUUAAUUAUUGUUUCAGUACCAUCUUCUACAACAUCUACACCAAAUCCUUCAACAGAGACACGAAACAGGAAAUUGACGAACAGAUCCGCCCUUCCCCAAGUCCGCCACUUCUUGGUGAACAUGCGCCAUUUUGCUGAGGAAACGACUCGUUCGCGUUCUGAUCCAGUCGUGUUAGAAUACGAGUGGAUCAUCGGAGUUUGGUCCCCAUGCUCACAUACGUGUGGGAAUCUAGGAACUCAGGUCCGCACUAUUGAAUGCCAAGUGCGAGUACUUAGCAACGCAACGCGACUCGUGCCAAGGAGUCUCUGCGAAGGUGGACUUGAAGAACCAAUCGCGAUCCGACCUUGCAGCUUGGAUCCAUGUCCGGAAUGGAUGACUGGGGAUUGGUCAGAAUGCAGCCUGAAGAACUGCUUGUCCUGGAGCAUCUCUUACCAAAAGAGGAGUGUGGUUUGUGGCAUAGCAAAUAUCACAGUUACGCCUAGUCACUGUGACCCUAAUCGCAGACCUCGUAGGAAGAUGGAGUGUCACAACGCUCUUUGUCGAGGAUACUGGAAAAUAGGGCAGUGGACAGAGUGUACCGCUUCUUGUGGCCACCAAGGAUUUCGCAGCCGCAGUGUGCAAUGUGUAUGGCAAGGCAACCAAGAAACUGCACCAACAACAGCUUGUAAAAGUCCUUCACCUCCUACAUCAUCGCCUUGCGGAAGAAUACCCUGUGAGAAUGAAGAUGCCGUGGAAUGCUAUGACCAAUCUACAUACUGUGACGUGGUGAAAAAAGCCAAACUCUGCCAGAUGAGCCACUUUCGAAUACAAUGCUGCGCCUCCUGUAGCACACAAGAUUAAACUCAGAGGAUAUAUAAUAUAAAUAUACAUUGUUGAAAAAUGUCAAUGUUUAAAUGAUAUGUAUGAGAAAAUAUUCACAUGCAUAACAAGUGAUAUCAGGAAUGUGUUUUCUCUGUAUACGUUUAAGUUAUUCC